AUGCCGGAUGCAGAAGAGGCUGUCCGCGUCAUCGCGAACCAGACAGCUGCGCGCCCUGUUAUUCUGCUCGGACACUCCGCGGGAGGUCAUCUGGCGCUGCUGCUUGGCGCUGGCAUGGCCACGCACGCUGACCCCAUUGUUGAAGCGGUCGUUGCUCUCUCACCCAUUGCCCGGCUCGCGCGCUACGGUGCGGGAGAUAACAGUUGUCAGAAAAUGGUGCGCCGUUUUAUGGGUGGCCAGCCUGCAGACUUGCCGGAUGCUUAUCGCUGCGCCGAUCCCGUAAAUUUAACGCCACACCCUUUAACAGUUGUGCUGAGUGGGGAGGCCGAUACCAUUGUACCUUCCGUCUUUAGCGAUCUUGAUGGCGCCUCACGUGUGAUGGUGGCAGGGGCAUCGUUGAUGGCCCGUGAAGAUGAGCAGAGUUAUCCGCCUUCUGUCCUGGCAAUGGACCGCGAUGAUCCGCUGGCCGGGUAUCGCCUGCAGUUCGACCUCCCAACAGGCAUGGCCUACUUUGACGGUAACUCGCUGGGUGCGCUGAGCCACGAAGCGCGUCGCCGCGUCGCCCAAACGACCGAGGUGGAAUGGGGUGCCAGCCUUAUAGGUGGAUGGAACGACCAUGACUGGAUCGGACUUACCCGCGUGGCUGGUGAGUUGAUCGCGCCUGUCAUUGGCGCGGGUCCUGAUCAGGUCCUGGUUGCGGACUCGAUUUCGGUAAACCUGUUCAAACUAUUGUGCGUGGCACUGCGCUUGCGUCCGGGACGCACGCGCAUUUUGACUGACACUGCCAACUUUCCAACCGACCAGUACAUCGCUCAAGGACUGGUGGAUCUGCUUGGUCCGGAACGGGCUCUGCUGGAAGCCCUGCCACUCGAUGAUAUUCCCGCAGCGCUUGAUGAGUCGGUAGCACUGGUGAUGCUCUCGCAUGUCGACUACCGAACGGGUCGUUUGCACGAUAUGUCUGGUCUCACCGCAGCCGCUCACGAAUGUGGCGCGUUGAUUUUGUGGGACCUGGCCCACAGUGCAGGAGCACUGCCUCUGGGUCUUGAUGCUGAUCAGGUUGAUCUCGCGGUUGGCUGCGGUUACAAGUAUCUGAACGGCGGACCCGGUGCACCGGCCUUUUUGUAUGUUGCCAAGCGCCAUCAGGACUUGGCGCGUCAACCUCUACAGGGCUGGAUGGGCCAUGCAGAGCCAUUCGCUUUUGAGUCUGAGUACCGGCCUGCUGAAGGUAUCGAGCGUUUUGCCAGCGGAACCCCGCCGAUCCUGUCUUUAGCUGCUUUGCACGCGGCUCUGCAGGUCUUUGAUAACCUGGAUAUGCGCAUGGUGCGGGACAAGUCCAUGGCACUGGGAAGCCUCUGCCAGGCGCUGAUCGAAUCCAAACCUGUGCUGGGUACGCUGACUCUAGUAUCCCCUUCGUUACCUGAGCAACGAGGCAGCCAGCUCUCCUAUCGGCACCCUGAUGCUUACCAGAUCUGUCAGGCGUUAAUCAAAAACGGCGUGGUGGUCGAUUUCCGCGCACCGGAUAUUCUCCGUAUCGGGUUUGCCCCACUGUACCUGCGUUAUGCUGAUGUCUGGCGACUGGUAGAGGCUCUGGAGUCAGUGAUAUCGACUGAUGCCCACCUGGUAAAAACGACUAUGGCGCAGAUCGCUGAGCAGAUUUCUACAGAUAUCAGACAGGCUCUGAAAGCCGACGAACUGGACUUGCCUUCGCUGCCAGAAGUAGCGCUGCGCAUCCGCGAUGAAGCCCAGUCCAGGAACGUCAGUGCAGUAUCACUCAGUAAGGUGGUUGGCGAGGAUCCAGCGCUAGCUGCGCAGCUCGUCAAGACCGCAAAUUCACCGAUGUUCAUGGCGGCGCGCCCCAUAGAUGACCUAGCUCAAGCGAUCAGUCGCUUGGGUGUGGAAUACGCCGCAAAUAUUGUCACGGGUCUUGCCAUGAAUCACAUGUUUCAGGCGACUUCGGAGCUGAUUGAUAACAAGAUGCGAGAAGUCUGGAAAACCUCUACAGACGUUGCUGCCUGGAGUGCCGUGCUCGCCAAACGGUUUACCAAGUUGCGCCCGGACCAGGCAACCCUUGCAGGGCUUACACACUCUAUUGGUGUACUGCCCAUCUUGAGCUGGGCUGAAGAAAACGAUGAUCUGUUGAAUGACAGCAAAACCCUCGAUCGAGUGAUUGAAAGCAUUCAUCCUGUGAUUGGCACCAUGAUUCUGAUGCGCUGGAAUUUCGCUGAGGAGAUUAUCAGCGUGCCGGAAGGGUACAUGUCACCCAUCAGGCAAGGCACCGAUGUCGACUAUGUCGACCUUGUAUCUGCAGCGCUUCUGCUGGUUAACCGCGCUGGUCCCGAUACGCCUCUUUGUGAUGAACCCUGGGCAGAUGCGCCGGUAUUUGCAAGGAUUGGUAUAGAUCUCAGCAUGGAUGCGUUACCACUUCAAAAGCUCACCGAACAGGUGGUUGCACUCAUUACAGGUUCAGGCCGCGGUCUUGGUCGCGAACAUGCACUGUUGCUCGCGUCUCGCGGCUGCAAAAUCAUUGUUAACGACCCGGGUAUUGCUUACGACGGUUCCGGUAAUGCGCAGCAUCAGGUGGCGGAUGAAGUGGUGGAUGAAAUCCGUGCUUCAGGCGGAGAGGCCGUUGCCAAUUACGACUCGGUGGAACAGGGUCAGGCGAUUAUAGAGGCAGGUCUGCAAGCCUUUGGCCGGAUAGAUAUCGUCAUUAACAAUGCCGGCAUCAUCACGCCACAAACGUGGAGCGAACUCACCCUCGAAUCCUGGCAGAAAACAAUUGAUGUGAACCUGACGGGUGUUUUCUCCGUUAUGCAGGCGGCCUGGCCGGUGCUGGUUGAACAAGGAUACGGUCGCUGUGUUGUGACUGCCUCACCUGCUAUAUAUGGCGCGGGUGUUGCGGCGUAUGCAGCGAGCAAGGCCGGGGUGAUUGGCCUUGCUAAUUCACUGCAGUUUGAAGCGCGCAAACUGAAGCUUGAUAUCAAAUGUAACGUCAUUGUGCCCCAGGCCAAUACCCGCAUGGUGCAGGAUUUAAAUGCCAACAUCUCUGCCAGCCGGGUGGCAAAGGGUAAGUCUGAGUUGAAACGCGCUCCAGCAGAAAUACUGGACAGAAUGGGUCCGGAAAAAGUAUCCGCCAUGGUGGCCUGGCUGGCUCACUCCGAGUGUCAAUCUGAAGCGAAAAUCUUUGAAGCCGGUGCCGGCUAUUUUGCACAGCUCAACUGGGCAAGGUCAGCGCCGCUGUUUGCCACGGAAAAAGAAGGGGUGGAGGGUGCGCCGUUACCGGAGCAUAUUCGCGAUGGUCAGGCUACCCUGCAUGACUUUGCAGCCGGCGAUAUGCCCAGGUCAGGCGACGGCGCCAUGGGUUCACCCAACGCUCUGGAAUGGGUGUUUGGGCAUUUGAAGAGCAAUAAGUAA